UGCUAAAAUGGCGAAAACUAUCUUUUUUUUAAUCAAAUACAAAUAUUCAAUUGAACAGUGCAUGCAGCGAAUUAAUAACAAUUUAAUUAACUUUGAGUACAUGUAGUUAAUAAUGUACAGUCAAGUUUAACUGAUCUGAAGCAAGAAUGAUAAAUAUAUUGUGAUGAUUUUAUACAUUGUGCAAAUGAUUCAAGUAUACAUACUGAAAAAUGUAAACAAAUGAGAACAUAGAGCAACAUAGAGCAACAAAGUGAGGCAACAUUCACAGAACGCAACCCACUACAUAAAACGGCUUGUUGCUGGUCAAUAGAGAUUAUCGAUCUUUUUUUACAGUUUGUUUUCAAUUGUUCUUUGUUUGACGAGACUCUAGUAUUGUGCUAUACAAUGCAUUAUAAAAUAACCACCUUUUUUAAAUCACUAGUUUUUAUAUAACUUCCUUUACAUUAAAAAAGUUUGAUGAUGAUACACAUACAUAUUUGUUGAACGUCUCAAUAUGUAAGAGCAAUGGCUGGUAAAAGAAUGUCUAAUGUUAACGGGUAGGGUUAUUUCAAGUUAAAAAGUGUCAAACCGGUGAUAGGGGCGUGAGGGAUUACGCAUUUUUCAUUAUCCCUUAUGUACAGACUCGAUCCAACAGAGUCUAAAAUUUUCAUCUAAAGUUGAUGUGAUUAAUGAUUCCGAGGGAUCACACUAAGUUCAGUUUUUCAUAUGUGUUGGACCAUUAGCAAAUAAGAUUUUUUGCAAUGCUUUCUAAUACUUUAUUUUAGACCGUCUUUUUUAGCACCAGUAGUCCUGUACCUGAGGUCAAAAUCAAAUUACAAGAAAGCAGUAACCUUGGAUCUGUAAUUGACAAUAAGACUGAGUUCAAUGAUUAUAUAUUUUUAAAGGUCACAUUGUUGGAAAAUGUCCAUUCAAUACGGUCGUAGAAUUCUAUAUUUAUGAAUACAAUUAAAGAUUUUAAAUUUAAUGAUGAUAAAGGUUAAACAGUAGAUGCACGAGCUCAAUAGCUUGAACAUAUAUCAUUUACAAUACUACAAAUUAAUAUCAAGAUAUGCAAAAUUACUUGUAUAUUUGUAAAGAUGAAGAUGAAAUUUAAUGAGAUAUCUUAUUCACGUAUAUGUAGCAUUUGUUGGGAAAAGAUAAAGAGCAGUGAUGGCGUGUUUGAUUCCUGAAAAUUGGCCUGUUCAAUAUAAUGAUGAAGACCCUGAAAACGGUAACGAGGCUGAAUAUAAAAAUGAUGGGCUUGAAGACCUUAUUGUGAAAGAAAGUAAAAGUGCUAAACUGAAUGUCAUCGUAUGUUUCGUAAUUAAUCUCAUUGUACAAAUGCAUCUAUCCAUCGUUGACAUCUCAAUCACUGACACCGAUUUGCUAGAGACAUUAGACGUAGACACAACUGAAGCAAACAGUGCAAACAACAUCUACAAGAGUUUGACCAAUCUCUAUGCACCAUUAGCUCUGUUUCUGAUGUCAAAGUCAAGUUACAUGACCACAGUAGCCGUCGGAUCACUUCUUGUAUGUGUAGCAUUUGCAAAUAUAUCUUUCUUGAAUAACGGACCUGAGGGAACUAUUAGCUGGUAUUGGCAAGUGUGGUUGUGUGGUCCAGUUGCUUUAGGUGUGAGCUGCCUCAAACUCGGAGCAAUGAUUCCAGUAUUGGAAUAUUUCAAACGUGACAGAAUGAAAGCUCUUGUUAUUACUAGGAUAGGUACCGUCCUUGGUGCUUCAGCGAGUAUUGGUAUAAUGUUUGCAGAAAGCAUUAGCUGGAGAACAUUGUUGAGGAUAAAUGCUGGUUUAUGCUUACCAUGUUUAGCAAUUGCCUUUAUUCUAAAGGAUAUAGUUAUAACGGACAAAAUGAAAAAGGAAAAUGACGGGAAUGAAACUACAGAUGAAAACAAGAAGGAGAAUAAGGAUAAAAAAGGAUGUAGUGGCAUUAUAAAGGAAUUUCUAAAAAAUACAUUUCGCAUUCCAGUACUUAAAGAUAAAACAUUUUGGAUCACGAUUGUUGUGUUUUUCUUCUUUAGUUUCGGAACAUCGCUUCCGACAUUUAGUUUACCAGAAAUUUCCAGUCAAAUGCAGGAACAAUUGGCACCCCCUGUAGAUUCAUUUUACGAAGUCUUAUCAGCAAAUGUUGGCACUUUACUUGGGCUAAUCCUGACAUAUCUACUAAAAUCACUUCCAUGUGUAGAAAGUUAUAGGAAUAGAAAAAGGAAUAUGGGUUUUGUGUUCUGCAUCAUCACAUUGUCUGGUUAUAUCAUGGCUAUCAUGUCUAUAGUAACACAGGAAAACUUUGUUUAUUAUAUUAUCUACAUACUAGUCCUUACAAUUUUCGAAGUUCUGACAGAAAACUUCCGAGAUGAAUCAAUGCCGACAGCCUUUGGGCGGUUUAACAUUAGAUUAACACAAGGAUUUCUUCAAAUGAGUGUAGGCCUAGGAGGUUUAACGGCUGCAACUUUUCAAAACGGUGUCGAUAAAUCUGACAAUGGCGGAAGGUGGAAACUGAACUUUAGAUUAGGUGGAGGAUUUUUGCUGAUAAGUGCAUCUAUAACAGGGGUUGUAUUAGCGUUUGAUUUUAUAUCAAAAAGAACAUUUCUCAGGCAUCCGGCUAGAAAAGGAUCAAUUUCUGAAAACGACAAAGAGGUAAAAAGUUUGAAUGAAAAUAAAGGAUGUACUCGAGGUUUGUCUAAAUGUUUUAAGUUCUCAAAGGCCAACAGUCAUGACACAAACAUUAAAUCUGAUCCAAAAAAACAUGUCAGCUUCAACUGUUUUCAUGGUAUAUUGUGCAAAUCCAUGGCAAAUAAAGUUACACCCACAGAAAUAAGGCCAAGAAAAGAGUCAACCCCAAAACUAAAAUCAGGAUCAGAGCAAGAUAACAAGAAUGAACCUGAGAAGAAAAAAGAUAACGAUAACAAAUCUUUGGAUAGAGAUAACAAAAAUAAAUCUGAGGAUAAAGAAAAUAAAAACAACUCUGUGGAUGGAGAUAACAAGAAUGAACCUGAACAAAAAGAUAACGAUAACAAAUCUGUGAAUGGAGAUAACAAGAAAAAACCUGUCAGCUUCAACUGUUUUCAUGGUAUAUUGUGCAAACCCAUGGCAAAUAACGUUACAUCUACAUCAAAUCAAUCUGAUAACGUUAGGCCCCCAGUGAAACAACCCGACCAAACAGCUUUUAAUGACUCAAGGAAUAAAGAUAUUUUAUUUAAUUGUUGUCCUCAGUUUCAAAAGAAACGCGUCCAUUUAGAUUUGUCAGACAGAUCUUCCCUGUCCAUACAGAAAUUUGAUCAGGUAGAUACAGAAACAGAUGCUGAGACACUUACAUCAAGCAAUGACGUAUCAGAAAUAUUGACAAGGAAAGAGACAAACCCAAAACUAAAAUCAGGAUCAGAGCAAGAUAACAAGAAUGAACCUGAGAAAAAAGAUAAUGAUAACGAAUCUGUGGAUGGAGAUAACAGAAAUGAAUUUGUGGAUAAAGAUAACAAAAAUAUAGCUGAAGUUGAAGAUUCAGAUAACGAUAACAAAAAUGUGUGUGGAGAUAACAAACAUGAACCUGAGAAAAAAGAUAACGAUAACGAAUCUGUGGAUGGAGAUAACAAGAAUAAAUCUGAGGAUAAAGAAAACAAAAACAAAUCCAAAUCUGUGGAUCGAGAUAACACGAAUGAACCUGAUAAGAAAGAUAACGAUAACGAAUCUGUGGAUGGAGAUAACGGAAAUGAAUUUGAGGAUAAAGAUAACAAAAAUAUAGCUGAAGUUGAAGAUUCAGAUAACGAUAACAAAACUAUGUGUGGAGAUAACAAAAAUGAACCUGAGAAAAAAGAUAUGGAUAACGAAUCUGUAGAUGGAGAUAACAGAAAUGAAUUUGAGGAUACAGAUAACAAAAAUACAGUUGAAGUUGAAGAUUCAGUUUUGUCGAACGAUACCGAACAAAAAAACCUAGACACAGAUGCCUAUAUUUUUGAAAAAGAAUUCCUUGAUAAAGAAAAUGAAACUUCUACCAAAAAACCAAAUGAAGAAAACGACAGAAACAAUGAUAAUAGUCAAAUAACAAAUGGCAAACCUACAUCGCCAAAUGAGAAACCUAAGACUAAAGCAUCUCGAAUAAAAAAGAUGUCCAAAAAAACAAGAAAAAAAAUAAAAUCACCAGUAGUUUCGCAAUCGGCGGACAAAAAACCAGACCAACAUGUUGAUUUUGAAGAUGAAUUAAUGGUUGAUUGUCCAAAAUAUGAACGAGCACUUUCCGCUCCAUAUAAACACAUAACCUUAAAUAGAAGACUUCAAUAUGAAGCAUAUAGAGCAAAAGCCAACAAUGAAUACUAAGCAAAUCUUAAAUUGUCUUCAUAUUUGAUGACAAAUUUAGAUAUUUAAAAUUCUUCCAGUCUACUCAAGCAGAUUAACUAACAUUGAUUAUCAAAAAUAUUAAAACUAACUUUUCUUAACAACACCUCAUGGAAGGCUUUCUCUGUGUAUUGACUUCAAUGUUUAAACGUAUCGGAAUUUAAAAAUUAAAUUUUAAGCAGUACAGAAGUGUAAUAUGUUAGACAGUAUAACUGAAGAGAACAGAACCAGACGUUUUACGUUAAUUUUAUAUAAAACAACAUAAAUGUAAUUGCUGAAAUGUAUCUAUGAGCUAAUAAUUAACUUAUGCUGUAAAAAAUGUUUAUUUGCGGUUUCUUGAUAUUUAUAAUUAGUUUUAAAUAGUUUUCGACAUUCUAUUAUACUUGAAUGAUAAUAGUUUUCGUCUUACUUGUGUACUCAUACGUAUCAAUACAAGUACCUAUAAUAUUUGGAAAAUAAA